CUAAAAUAUCACCACCGAGUGUAUACCUUAAUAUACUUUAUUUUUACUUACAUAAUUUGUAGCAAAGCAGAUACUACUUUAUUGUAAAUUGGUUCAAGUCCUCAAAAUAAUUCAAAGAUGACUGUUUCGCCCGAAUUCAACAAUAUAUUUAAAGGAACACUACCUCAAUUAUUAGCUGUAUUAACAGGUAGUCUCUGUGCUUUGAGCGAUGGAAUGCAUUAUGGUUGGAGUGCUCCAGUAGUUCCAAUACUUAUGAGUCCAAGUUCUCCAAUACCUAUUACAAAGGAGGAGGGUGAAUGGUUGGAAAAUGUAUUUGUAAUUGGGGGAGUCUUGGGGCUUUGGCCAACAAUGUACUUAACAGAUAAAAUAGGUCGGAAAAAAUCAAUUUUAUUGGCAGCCUUCUUAUCAACGAUUGUCUGGAUUACUAUUGGUCUGGCCCCUAGCGUGGAGUAUAUACUUGUCGCCAGAGGAAUCGCUGGAGCAACAUCAAACAUAACGUUCGUAGCAGCUCCAAUGUAUAUUGCCGAAAUAGCGGAUCAAAAAAUACGAGGGUUUUUAAGUAGUUUAAUUUAUUUAUUGAUGCUUGUUGGAGUUCUGCUGGUAUACUCUAUUACUCCAUUUUGUCCUUUUUAUGUUCAUUGCUUAGUAGGAGCAGUAGUUGUCCUUAUAGAACUUGUAGGCUUUUCGUUUAUGCCAGAAAGUCCUUAUUAUUUAAUAAUUAAGGAUCAACCAGAGUCUGCUCACAAAUCACUAAGAAGAUUAAGGGGUAAAGAAGCAGAUGUAGAUGAUGAAAUCAAACAAAUUAAAUCAGCAGUUGAUCGCCAAAGAUCCGAAAGGUCACAAUUUUUAGAACUAUUUCUAGUCGCAAGUAAUAGAAAAGCAUUGCUUAUAAUGGUGUUUCUUAAUAUUGCGCAACAUUUUAGCAGUGUGAGCGUGCUCUUAAUGAAUAUGCACAUUAUUUUGGAGCAAGCUGGAUCUAUUUAUAUGGAUCCUCGUACAACUGCAAUUGUAUUUUCAGUAAUUAUGUUAAUAGCUGCAUCCAAAGGAUCGUUUUUAAUAGACAAAUUUGGUAGAAAGAUACUACUGAUGAGUUCAGCCUUUUUAUCAGGAUUUACGUUGCUAAUAUUGGCGAUUUAUUUUAAUUUGAAGAAUGAUGGAUAUAAUACCGCUAGCUUUAGCUGGAUUCCUAUUGUCUGUGUAAUGGUUUAUGCUUUUACUUUUAAGUUUGGCUUAGGUGUGGUUCCCAUAGUUAUAACAGCUGAAAUAUUUUCUACUACUGUAAAGGCUUCUGGUAUGGCAUUAGCAGAUGGCUCAUAUGUAGUUGGAUCCCUUUUAUCGUUACAAGUAUAUCAGCGACUAACCGAUUCAUUUGGACUACAAUAUCCCUUUUAUAUUUUUACUAUGUGCUGUUUCUCUACUGUCUGUUUUACAUAUUUUAUAAUUCCAGAAACCAAAGGUAAGACUUUGGAUGAAAUCCAACUCAUCCUAAAAGGAGAGUAUAAGAAAAAUAAAAUAGAAAAGAUAUAAAAACAAA